AUGGAAAGCACCAUCAUGUCUAUCGAGACGGUGUGCAUCAGUUUAUACCAAUGCUCCCCAUCGCUCACGACGUGUGAAGAAAAAACAAGAAAGGAGGAAGGGGAAAGGGAAGAGGAAGUGGAAGUGGAGAUAUCUGUCCCUCAUUUAUGUGGUCACUCUUUCCGAAUUGAAAAGAAGGAUCAUCGUGGUGAUGUUCUCAUACCCUUUAAAAAAGGAUGUACGACUUAUAGGGAGUUGGCUACAGGCCUCGCGUUCCGGCUGAAUCAGUACUUUGUUGUUCACCCCUCCGACUCACGGCAACCCCAUCGGCCGGUGAGUGGAUUACAUAGCCGUGCCUCAUCAUACGGGCGUGUUGGUGCCGGUGGUAGGAACUGUGGAUGUUGUUUUCGGGGUGGGUACUUUUGUGUUUUGUGUGGUGGAGAGGAAACCAGCGAUGGCACAGUGCCUGGUGCGUCAACGACUGCGGAAGCCCAAGAAAUAAUGGAACAAUACCCGCAGGUUGUGAUCCGUCACUUUUUGAGGGUUUCUCAACCUGGAGGAAACGGUGAUGCCCUUAGUUAUGAGGUGGUGGGGGAUGAUUGGAAGGUGGAGGAAAGGCAUAUCUGCUGCUUUUUCUCCCUUGUUAGCACGAAAGGAGUUGGGGUGAAACGACCGGUUCGUACUGUUGAUGGCCGUACCAUCCGGCCGAAGGUUGGAAACGAUCACCUGGAGAAAUACGAUGGGGAGUGUUCAUUGGCAAGGAGUGAGAAACAUGUUGAGGAGACCGGUUAUAUUGAAGUGAAAGCGGGUGAUCGCCUGUUGCGUAUCGCGUACACCGAUAACCUUCUCUUCGAAGAUGUGGUAGAUCGGUUGAGGAGGCGAAACCUACAUGUGCAGCGCCUCUUUGAUGGGUUAACUGGUGCGAGCAUUUUGCCGUGUGAGCUAGUAAGGCACUUCAAAGGGCGAUUAAGGGCGCUCUGCGCGACCGUUGCAUCCCUGUUUUCCGGGUUACCUGUGACACAAGGCGUCAGUGAGGGGGCGAAGCGCCGACGCGAGUGGAGCGAUGGUUUAGAUGUGGGAACAAUUAUUAGCGUAUCGGAAGAGAGAUUUUAUGAGGGCAGCGGCGGGAAGGUUUUGUUGAGUAGUACCUCACCUGAGUGCGAGACGUUGGUGUACGAUGAGGCGGACGGUAGCGGUUUGUGGACCGCGCAACAAUUACGGCAACAAACUGUGUUCGAAAUAUCGGAUGACAGCAGCACAGCUCACUCACUACCGGAUCCGCCACAAUCCCGCGGUUCCACUCGUAGUUCCGCUGCGUCAGCAAAGUGUAGUGACGAUUUCUCAAGAACGCCCCACGUCGGAGACGACAUUCUUCCUUCGUUGCUUGCGGCUGAAAUCACCCUCACACAGAUGAAAAGAAGAUCUUCAGAGGCACAGGGCACCUCCACGGACACAUUAUUGACUCUGAGGGAUCAAGACGUCUUAGAUGAUAAAACAUCCACCUUGAGUUGUACGGGUGAGGAUAAUGAAACUGACGGUGAUGCUGAGUGCGAAGUUCCAUUGCCAACCAAUGAAGCUGAUUUCAUUACAGACUCUUUUAUCAUGGUUACUCAACAGACCCUUCCGGAAAUCUACUUCGAUAAUUCUGACGAAGAAGAAAAUGAAUAA